UCAUUAGGUUAUGUCGUGUCGUCAUUGUACAUCACAUUUCACAUUUUAUAAUCAUCAUCAUCACCUAAAAAAUGCUUAUGGUGUAUGUCCUUUUUCAUUGAUUUUGAAGAACAUUUUUCAUUCAUUAUCCUCGCGCCGGAUUUAAUUUAAUUUAUUUAUUAGGUACUAAUCAAUUGAUUUAUAUUUAUUUCAUCACACAUUUCAUUUUAUUGAAACGAAACAAAAAAAAAAAUGGGAGGAGGAAACGCCGAAAAAGGAAAGAAAAUUUUUGUUCAACGUUGUGCUCAAUGUCAUACGGUUGAAAAAGGUGGUGGACAUAAAACUGGUCCAAAUCUAAAUGGUUUGAUUGGUCGUAAAACUGGCCAGGCACCCGGUUUUGAAUAUACCGAUGCAAAUAUUAAAAAAGGAAUCACAUGGGGUCAUGAUACAUUAUUUGAAUAUUUGGAGAAUCCGAAAAAAUAUAUACCCGGUACAAAAAUGGUAUUUGUUGGCCUGAAAAAAGCACAGGAUAGAGAAGAUUUGAUUGCCUAUUUGGAAGAAUCAACAAAGUGAAUAAAUGAAUGAAAUGAAAAAAAAGCAUCGAUUCUAUUCUACAAAAUUAUACAGAUUCCAUUUCAUUCUCUACAACCAUAUAUACACACACACACAAACUAUUUGAUUUAAAAAAAAUGAAUAAAUUUAGGAAUUUA